UCUGCGAAAUACACCGAACUUUGUACAUCAACGUAAUGAGAAGAAUUGUCGUCUACGGAAGAGUAUUCAAAUCACCGAGUCAAAAGAUGAUAACAGCAUGGACAGAUGCCAUAAAAUUUUCUUGAAAAGUUAGAUAACCAUUGAAAGAUAGAAAGUGAAGCCCGUAACCACAGUGAUUCCUCGGCCGCCUAAGCAGGACAAAAGCUGAUUUAUGUUGACUCGGCGAUUUUUUUUUUUACUGCAUUGCUGGUGUAUUUUAAAGGUUGAGACGUCGCAUAAUACUAUGCAGAAGUUCAUUCAUCUUUAGUCCUUCCAAGUUCGAAUGGCUCUGCAUACCUUAGGAAUCUGGCUCUGGCUUCCUCUUAUCUUACUUUGCCCUCUUCUUCUCUUGAGGAAGAAAACAAGGGGAAAGAAUCAGCUUCCACCGAGCCCUCCAAAGCUUCCAAUUUUAGGAAAUUUGCUCCAACUUGGUGCAUUGCCUCAUCAAUCUUUGUGGCAACUUUCCAAGAAGUAUGGUCCUGUCAUGUCUGUUAAGCUCGGUUACCUACCUGCUGUUAUAAUCUCCUCUGCUGAUGCUGCAAGAGAGGUCUUAAAAACUCAUGAUCUUGCCUGUUGCAGUAGACCGCCCUUCGUGGGUGCGGGGCGACUCACCUACAAUUAUUCCGAUAUGGCUUUUGCACCAUAUGGUGAUUACUGGAGGCAGUUGCGUAAAAUUUGCGUUCUAGAGCUUUUUAGCUUGAAAAGGGUGCGAUCAUUCCAGUCCAUCAGAGAAGAAGAAGUAGCCGCUCUGAUGAACUCAAUCUUUCAAUCAGCAACUUCCUCGACUCCUGUUGAUCUUAACCAGAAGUUGUUCUCUCUCACUGCUAGCAUAAUAUUCAGGAUAGCUUUUGGGAGGAGCUUUAAAGGAAGUACUUUACAUCACGAUAAAUUUCAUGAAAUGGUUCAUGAAAUGGAGGCCAUUAUGGGGGGCUUUUCAGCAGAAGAGUACUUCCCAUAUGUAGGUUGGAUCAUCGACAGGCUUACCGGUCGCAAAGCAUGGAUUGAUAGAGUUUUCCACAAGAUGGAUUCUUUCUUCGAACAAGUAAUCGAAGAUCGUAUUGAAUCUGGGAGUGCAGAAAAAGACCAGGAAGAUAUUGUUGAUUCGAUGCUAAGAUUACAGAGAGAUCAGACAGAGCAGUGGACAAUUUCGCUCACAAGAGAGAGUAUCAAGGGCGUCCUCCUGAAUGUCUUCUUGGCAGGAAUCGACACUGGUGCACUUACUGUAAUCUGGGCGAUCGCAGAGCUUAUAAGGAAACCUGAACUGAUGAGAAAAGCACAAGGUGAAGUCAGAAAUUAUAUUGGAAAUAAAGGACGAGUGAGCGAAGGCGACACCGAAAACCUCCCAUACCUGAACAUGAUAAUCAAAGAAACUCUGAGAUUACACCCUCCCGCCCCUCUUAUGCUUCCAAGGGAAGUCAUGUCGCACUUCAAAAUCAACGACUACAAUAUAUAUCCCAAAACAUUUCUCCAAGUAAAUGCUUGGGGAAUCGGUCGUGACCCAAACUACUGGAAGGAUCCUGAAGAAUUCAUCCCUGAAAGAUUUGAAGAUGGCUCCAUAGAUUUUAAAGGGCAAAAUUUUGAGUUCUUGCCAUUUGGAGCUGGUCGAAGAAUCUGCCCAGGGAUAAAUAUGGGAACAACAACAGUUGAGCUUGCACUUGCAAAUCUCUUGUACUGCUUUGACUGGAAAUUGCCAAAUGGGUUGGAGGAGGAGGCGCUUAACAUGGAAGAAUCAGUUGGCCGUAGCCUUACUGUUUCCAAAAAGACUGGUCUCACCCUUGUCCCUGUCAACUACCUUGAAUCAUUACCAGUAGACAACAAAAGCUAAAGUUACUCGUAGAUACACAAAUAAGCUGCUUUUAUGUUAAGUCGGUCAUAUACUCAUAUGUAAUCUAUCUAUCUAUCUAUUACUUUCUUUAAAAUUGUAAGUGUAUUUAAAAUUGUAAGUGUAGACGUGAUUUGGUGGUGAGUAGGUAUUAGAAUUCUCUACUGCUGCGUGUGUGAGUGCUUUUCCGUAGUUGUGGGGUGGUUUUUUUUUGUCAUUUUCUGAUGGCGUGUGUUAUUUUGCCUUUGUUCAAGUGUGUGGUAUUUGAGGUGGCUUUUGGUAAGUGGUUUGGGGUCAGUUGCGUCUUUCAUAUGUGACACGUGUGAGUUAACCACAGUAACAGCCGUAGAGGCCUUGAAAUAAGUGUACGAUAAUAAGAGGAGAUGAACUACUUCAGUUCA